CGGGACGCCUGGCAGGAAAGGCUACGGAUCUGCACCACGAGUAAAAAGCCUCGCAGCCGGAUCCUAGGAAGGUUGACUCACAAGUAAAUCGUGGGUUGGAGGAAUUCACCGACGGCGCGUGUUUUUAAGGGUUGGAGGUUUUCCAAGAGAAGGGGAAGGAGAUGGAAGAGGAGGACCCAGAAGGACCUGGAAUUGGCAAGAGAUCAAGGAAAGUCUCCCAUCCCAUCCCUGCAGGGAGUGGUGUUGAAUUCUGGGAAAGAGCUGUGUCAGAAAUCCUGGAUCAAGACACCAUGAACUCAGAUGUAUGUAGGCGGUGUUUCCGACAGUUCUGUUAUAAUGAUGCUAAUGGGCCCCGACAGGUUUUUAGUGAGCUCUAUGGACUUUGCACCCACUGGCUGAAGCCCGAGAGACACACCAAGAAGCAGAUGCUGGACCUGGUGAUCCUGGAGCAGUUCCUGACCAUCCUGCCCCAGGAAAUGCAGCACUGGGUCAGAGAAUGCAGACCGGAGACGAGUUCCCAGGCAGUGGCCCUGGCUGAAGGUUUCCUCCUGAGUCAGGCAGAGGAGAAGAUGCAGUCAGAACAGACGUGGGGGCCAUCCGUGAGGAUGGAAGCUAAGUUUUCUGAGGCAGAAGGAGCUUCUUCAGAGGAGUGGCCGAGACCACGGGCUCAGCAGUAUGACCGAGAUGCCCCCUCACUUGGCUUUGGGGAGAUAUUGUUGAGCCAUCAAUUUGUCAGAGGUGUGGAAAUUGCAGCUGCGCAUCCAGUCCAGUGUCCAUUUUUCAUUGAGGAGGUGGCCGUGUAUUUCUCCGAGGCAGAGUGGGCUCUGCUAGAUCUGGGCCAAAGAACUCUCUACAGGGAAGUCAUGCUGGAGAACUAUGGGAGCGUGGCCUUUCUGGAAGAAGCCAGCAAUGUAAAUGAGACCACAGUGGAGAUAGACAAAAGCCUCCCAUCCAAAGGAGUGCUGGGGAGUUUGUCAAGAAGAUCUCAAGAGAGAAUUUCCUUCCCAGCCAGGAGUGUAGGAGAGACUACAGUGGAGACAGACAAAAACUUCCCAUCCGCAGGAGGACUGGAGAAUUUGUCAAGAGGAUCUCAAGAGAGAAUUUCCUUCCCAGAGGAACUGGUUGCAACUAAAGAUGUCAAGGACACCAUUGGGGAAUUGCAUGGAUUUUCAUUGGAAAGAGACAAGGACGAUGAAUCUCAGUGUCACUUCAGGGAUCAAGAGAGACUAGAGAGGCAGGAGGGAAGCCAUGGUAAAAAGAUGAGGGAAACACCCAUUGCUUUCCAAAGAGGGGAUUUCCAUGAUGUAAUUGACAUGGCAGAAGAAACAUACAAAUGCUUGGACGGGGGAUUGAAAUUCUUAGAUGAAAUUCAAAAUGUCAAUUUGCAAAAGCCGCCUGGAAAGAAGACCCAUAAUUGCUUCCAGUGUGGAAAGAGCUUCCUUUGUGGAGCAGAGCUCAUUAGACACCAAAGAAUUCAUAUAGGAGAGAAAGUGUAUUGUUGUUUAGACUGUGGCAAGAAAUUCUCAGAGGAUUCAGAUCUUGUUCAACACAAGAGUUUACACCAUUCAAACGGGAAGGCAUUUAUUUAUUUAGCAAGUGAAACGAAUUUCUCUGAUGUUAAGCUACAUAAAUGUGGAAAGAGAUUCCAUACCAGUGUUGAUCUUCAGCAGCAUCUACAAACCCACAAAUCACAGAAACCUUUUGAGUGCUCAGUGUGUAGAAAGAGAUUUAGUCAAUGUGGCCAACUUGAAGUGCAUCAAAGCACACACACAGGAGGGAAACCCUUUGAGUGCUCAGAGUGUGAAAAGAGAUUCAGUCACAGUGGUAAUCUUCAAGUGCAUCAAAGAACCCAUACAGGAGAGAAACCUUUUGAGUGCUCAGAGUGUGGAAAGAAAUUCAGACAGAGUGGUCAGCUUCAAGCGCAUCAAAGAACCCACACAGGAAAGAAAUGUUUUGAGUGCUCAGAGUGUGGAAAGAAGUUCAGCAGCUGUGGAGACCUUCAAAAGCAUUUAAGAACCCACACAGGAGGGGAACCUUUUGAGUGCUCAGAGUGUGGAAAGAAAUUCAGACAGAGUGGUCAGCUUCAAGUGCAUCAAAGAACCCACACAGGAAAGAAAUGUUUUGAGUGCUCAGAGUGUGGAAAGAAGUUCAGCAGCUGUGGAGACAUUCAAAAGCAUUUAAGAACCCACACAGGAGAGAAACCUUUUGAAUGCUCAGAGUGUGGAAAGAGAUUCAGUCACAGCUGUAAUCUUCAAGUGCAUCAAAGAACCCACACAGGAGAGAAACCCUUUGAGUGCUCAAAGUGUAGAAAGAAAUUCAGACAGAGUUGUCAGCUUCAAGCGCAUCAAAGAACCCACACAGGAGAGAAACCUUUUAAGUGCUCAGAGUGUGGAAAGACAUUCAGCAACAGUGGAAGUCUUCACAUGCAUUUAAGAAUACACAUAGAAGAGAAACCAUUUGAAUGUUUAGUGUGUAGAAAGCAGUUCAGAAGGAGUAGCAGUCUUCAAGUGCAUGGAAGAACCCACACAGGAGAGAAACCUUUUGAAUGCUCAGAGUGUGGAAAGAGAUUCAGUCACAGCUGUAAUCUUCAAGUGCAUCAAAGAACCCACACAGGAGAGAAACCCUUUGAGUGCUCAAAGUGUAGAAAGAAAUUCAGACGGAGUUGUCAGCUUCAAGUGCAUCAAAGAACUCACACAGGGGGGGAAACUUUUUAGUGCUCGUAGUUUGGAAAGAUAUUCAGGAGAAAUGGAAAUAAAUUCAUCAGCUGUGGAGAUCUUCAGAAGCAUUUAAGAACCCACACAGGAGAUAUACUGACAGUGCAGUCUGGAAGCAGAAAGCCUUAAUGGCCAGUGUGAUAUUUUUGGAGAUAAUAUGAACCUUAAAUGGUGAUCUUUCAUUAUUAUAGUCAUUUUAAUUAAAGAAAGAUAAUCUAGAC